AUGUCUGAGAAGUUGUGUAGGAUGAUGGAGUCUCCAAUUCCUGUUCCGCUCGAAGCUGGUCUUGAGGUUGGGCGUCCGAGACCUAUCAGCCAUCAGGAUGGGCUGCAGGUUGAUUGGGAGGCACAAACAAAAUACGAGGCGGCGCUCACACAGCGAGAAAUUGUGGCGGAGCUGGAAGGAAACCGACAAUUCCUAAGAAGUUAUCGUAGAAUCUUGGGAGUGAGCGUCAUGUGGUUCUGGAUCUUUAUGGUGGUCAUUGUGGCUCUUCUGGCUGCUGGAAUUGGGGGUGGAAUUGCCGGCGAGAGCUCAAACAUUACAUCGCCAUGCCAGAUUGAUUCAGGGGCAAACAACAACUCUAUAUUUCUAGUAACAUCCCAUCAGGAUACAGUACCCACGAACUUCCGACUAUUUUGCAAUCGAACUUUCGAUGUACCUUCGAGUGUACGUCUUAUGCAGUUUGCAAUACCUGAUUCUAUAGCCAAUAUGGAUGGUUGUAUGGAAGCAUGUUUAGAUCAUAACACAGGAGGAUCCAACAGCAGUAAUGAUGAGCCCAAUGAUUCGUGUUAUGCUGUUACAAUCAAUACAAACGAGACGACCGGACAGCAAUGGUGCAAGUUAUUUUCAGCCACUGAGUGGGGAACUGAUGCAGUUGGAGCAGAUUGCGCAGUUAAUCUCUCGCCACCCAGCUUACCCGGCACUACCAGCCUUCAGACCAGAGUGAGAAACAUCACACUUAGUUCAACUACCUCUGGAGGAUGUACACUUGCGUCGAAUGGGGUAACAACUGCCACUUCUGUCGUUCUUGUCUCAGAACUGGUGAUCGAAGGUCAAACCCUGACGGCAUCAAAGCCAACAUCCACUGCCUAUUAG